CGGAAGAAAGUUAUAUCUUCAUGCCAGUGGUAUCAGGAGUCGAUCUGGUUAGUUCAGAGCAAGCAUGAGAAGACAUCGUAAGGUACUAUGCCUUAUAACUAAAGAACAGUAUCGCUGUUCAAUGAUAUUUGUCACCUGUACUGCUUGAUAUUCUGAUUUACGACAGCAAGCUCAGUGAGGCUUUCGAUAUUCUUUAAAGCUUAAAGACAAAUUUCCACAGUUACUACACGUUACUUGUUGGAACAUUGAAUUAUAUAAAACGUGAAAGUAAUUUAUUCAUAGGGGCUUGUAACAAGCUGUAGAUUCAUAAGUUGUGAAAAUUCAUAUAAGGGCUUAAGGAGGGUAAAGCGACGAGAACAUGAAUUAGUAUACCACAACGAUUUAACGCUAGGUAAACAUUAGGAAGUCACACUAUACAUUGCUUGACGUACCGCAUUCACACCAAUAAUGUUGUAAAACAAGAUGUAUAUAUUAUAAUGAUACGACUUGUGAAUGACUAAGACCGGGAAGACUACUCAAAGAAUGAGAAAAUCAAAUGUGUUACUUGUGUUCCUCUAAAGAUUCGUAAACGAGCUCUAAAUUCCGGCAUAUUCACUUCCGACGCUACUCAUCCGUUUAGACUGAAAAUAAAUUGAUUUUACAACGUUGGGUUUUUAAUGCUGUCUUUCUUCUCUAAAUUCAGGCCUCGAUACUCCCCACAAGUUCAGUUAGGAUGGAGUUUACAGAUUCCCUUGCUUAUUUGAUAAGAGAAGCCAUGGAGCUGUCUGUUCGGGAGCGUACAAAGAUCCUUAGAUUUAUUUGGAUCAUCUUUGUUACAUUCAUAAUUUGCUUUGUAAGUGUCAGUUCAAUUGUUUUUCUUUGACUAUAUGUUUGAAUUAAGUAAGCGGAAGAACUAGAAAACUAAUGUACGAAAUUAAUUUAAGUCUAGAAAGCAAUUACAUGCAGUCAAGUAACUUCAAGUAUAACGCCACUUUUUAUCUAGAUAUAUUUGAUUCCAAGCACGGUUCCUAAGAAAAUUAUAAGAUUUACUCGCCGCUACGUGACAACUUGUGGUCUGUUUUCGCUCUCUAAGUUAUAUUAAUUUCGUUUGCGGCUGAUCGCAAUGAAUUAUAGAGACCUUUGUGUCAGGUUUGUUGCCUGAUUUUAAGGCCAACUACAGCAAAACAAAUCGCCUCUAGCAUCUAAAUGCUAAAGGUAUGCUGACGUGAAAUGGCAGUAUUUAUAUGCGAGCACUCUCGGUAGAAUAUGCGAUAACGUGCAACUCAUCCUAAGGAAAACUUUGAACUCGUAGAGCAAUUCAAAAGCAGCAGCAAUUAGGGAUUUGUGAAGGAACUGCAAUUCGCUCAAUGUUCUUAACCCGUGGUAGUCACGCGAACUACCCUAUUUGGUAAAGCCAAUAAACAUUCUAAGAGUCACUUGAUUAUAUUGCGAAACUUAUAUAACGAAUUCCGAUUACCGUAGAUAACACCGAUGGAAAGGUUCAAUUAAUUGAUGAAAGGGUGCUUGCAUUACUUAAUAUUUUAUUUUGCUUCUGAAAUAGCUGUAUACUAUUUGGAACAUACCCCAAACUAACGACAACCCAAGCGAAACAUGCACAAGAUCAUCAUACCAGAUUCUUGGAGGACAUAAUUCGAUAACUGGAUGCAAAGAAUGCCCAGACUGUCCCCCAGGACAACAACUUACCCCACCAUGUGGCAGCAAAGUACAGCCAGAUGCAUUAAUAAAUUGUACCGUUUGCCCCUCGGGAACCUUUAAAGACAUUAGCGGAAGAGGUAUUUGUAAACUGUGUCUGACAUGCGGUCCAAGAGUAACCGUUAGCUCAUGCACAUCGAGCAAAAAUGCACAAUGUGGGACCUGCCCUCGUGGUACCUUCCAAUGGAGCCCCACAGUGGACACUUGUAAACAGUGUUCGUCGUGUUGUGCACCGAAGCGCUUUGCUGAGGUGGAGUGCUUUUAUCUCAGGCAAUGCUUAAGAACAAACUGUACUCAAGAAAUAGAAAAUGAGGGAAAUGAUAUUCAAAAAUUGGAGAUAAAUUCUCAAAGGUUUGCGACGAUAAUAAAUCCUCCAAACCCAGCGCCACUUCUAGGUGUUUCUAGCAGUAAAAAUUCAGGCAACGCAAAGAAAUUGGCAUUGAAGAACAUUUUGAAAAGAACGAGAGUAACACGAGAUGUUCCGCAGGUCCUGCAAGGAGUCAGUGAAGGAAAUACCACUAAACUGGCAAACGAAAAAAGCGCCACUCUUCUCAGCAAUAAUUUAGAUACUGUUAUAACCACCAUCACCAAAUCAUUCGAGGAAUUUGGAACUGUCUCCACUGACUUCAACACCGUCGAUUCCAAUUUGCAAAUGGCUUCAAGCUGUUUUGGAAUGAACUUCGCAAAACUAGUGAAGAUUAUAAUAAUCGUUAUUGUGGCCAUAUCUAUUUUGGCGCUGUUCACAGUUUGCGUCAUAGUAUACUUCUGUUGUAAAAGGCAGUCAAGACAUCUUCAGCCUAGAUAUUGUGUGUUUAAUUGUUGUAUAAAUCUGAAGAGUACCGAAGAAUAUAAACAGCUACUGGAUGAAACAACUCAUCAAAUCGGUAAGAAAAAAGUCUCUACCAGAAAAUCUAUGUAUAAACUAAAGGCAAAGAUCUUUGAACUGUUGAGACUCAUUGCCUAAACAACCCCAGCAAAUUUGACACGUCCUUGAUCAACAUAAACCGCCAAUCUCAUUUCUUGGGGUCCAUGGUCAUUUAUUACCCUCGGUUAACUUGACAAAACGUAAUGACUUAAAGUACUGUGUAAGAAUCACAGCCACAGUAUUUUCACAAUUCAUGUACUUGCUUCAUAGAGAAGAGGCCAUUCAUUUUGGGUUCUAAGCAUCCUACUUUCUCUGUAUUCAUGCAGUGUUUGCACUUUGAUUAGUCUCUGGCUUGUAAGAAAUUUUUCUGUAAGUUUUUUUCUGUAAUCAGCAAAUAAACUUAGUUUUGUAAGUACAUAUGAUGUUGGUAGGGUUAAAAAAAGAAAAUGACAAAAAUGUACGAUGCAAUAUUAAGGAGUGUCAAACUAAUGAGAGUCAAACUACCUGAAAUUUAUUAUAUUUUUUUCUUUUGUGUAGGAUCUCGCCACUGUCUCUUUUUAUUUUUUUUUAGGUGACGACACACAAGUCUCUCUAAUCAAUGGCAAUUUGGAAGGCAGCUUUUCUGAGAAAAGCACAUCUGCUGCUGGCCUUGAAAGUGAGUAACUCCAAAAGAGAGGUUCUUUUUCAAUCAAAAGAUUUCUUAAUGAAAAAAGACAAGAUGAAAAGUUCUAGUGAUACAGUAUUAAUAAUCUUAUCUCACUUCAAUCACCUAUAUGUACCUAAAUUUCAGAUGCACCCUUAAGUGACAUAUCCCCCUUUCUUGAAGACAUCCUCGUUAAGAAACUUGAAGUGGACUGUGGUUGGAAAAAAGUGGGAAAGGCAUUACAGAUUGACCAGGAUGAUCUGGAUUACUGGGAAAACGGAAAGUCAAUGGCAAGUCCAGCUACAGGAGAACUGUUAAGAAAACUGAGAGCGACACGUCCAGAAUUCACUAUUGCUGACCUUAUAGAUAUCCUAGAGAGCCCAGACGUAAAACGUCGAGAUGUUGUUCAACGCAUCCGUCUACAUUUACAAAAUGAAGUAAAAUGAAUACCUUGACUCCAAAAAGCAGGGAAAGAGUUGCAGACAGCUACCUGGUAUGCAUGUAGCUGAUGAAUGAAGUUCACGUGUAGUUUUGAGUACAUUUUUGGGGGUCUAAAAAUCAUUGCUUACAGCCCACUCUGAGUGGCUAAUUCAAACCGUUUAUUUUAAGGGUCAAUUUUUUCAAUCUUUCUACAUAAUGGAUAUCAAUCAAACCUUUCACUGAUGCAUGUCAAUAAGCCAUAAAAAUUAAUAACCUGAUUAUUUAAAUCUCCUAGUGUUAUUUUUAAAAAUUUCAGUCUGAUGACAAUUAAUGUAUGUUGUAUCAUGUAAAAUAACACUUUGCGUGAGAUAACCUAACUACCAGUAAAUGUAGAUUAUAAUUAGUGAUUAUAAUGUUCACCGUGAAUUGCAUGAAUUUGUCAGGAAACAUAAUACUGGAGGUGUUAUUUUUUAUCGAGGGCUGUGGCACUUGUGAAAGUAGCAAAUUAACUCUAAAAUGAUAAAAUGUCACUUCCUCUCCUCCAAAAAUUAUAGGAUAUUUACAACUCAGUAGUUUAAAUAGAUGAAACAUCAUUACACUUAAACACAGUUGCAUUAGUUAUGUAAGUAAGUUUAAAGUUCAGGGCCCAGUUGUUCAAACGCCGAUUUGUGUCAGCCCAGGGUUAAAUUUUAAUGCAGGUUUCUAUACUUCUUUUUUCCAAACCCUUUUAGUGAAAAUUUUCCCUAUUCUUUUUAGAACAUUCAAUGAUCAAAUCGCAAGCAAAAAGAUUUAAACCGAAUUUUCUUUUAAAGCUUUCAGACCUGAAAUCAAAUUCCAUGCUAACCUUGGGUUAACCUUGAACAACCCGGGCAAGACAUUUAGACUUUAUUGACAACGUUUGAGGUUAUCUUCUGGGAGAAAGCUUCCAACACGAAAAAAACAGCAAAAUGUAGUUCUCCCUCUAUAAAAACCUGAUUACAUUUCCAGUUAGGGUGGUCCUAACUAAUAAUCACAUGUAGACUGAAUUAUGAAAUUGGCUAGCUGGAAAAUAAUCAUUCAAUGAUUUUCACCGGAAAUGUGCUCAAUGGUGGACUAAUUGCGAAUAGUGAUUUAGCUACAGUGAGAAAUUAUCUUAACUUAGUGGAUUUAACUUUUUUAAGGUAACCAAUCAGGUCUUUGGAGCAUAAUUGUGUCACAUAAUUUCUCUUAAUAAUAUCCAGUGUAGAAUAAAAAGUAGGCAGGUGAUGAGAAUAAAGAAAGGUACAACGGCAACCAGGAGACCAUCAAUUAAUUCACUACUAAAUUCUCAGAAAUACUAUUAGAAAUGAAAGUUAAAUCAUGAGGAGAGUUAGAUUUUGAGAGUGAAAGGGUUAAACGUAAAGUGAUCUGUAAAGUAAGAUAAAACAAAUGAGCACUAAUGAAAAAAAAAAAAAGUUGAAAUUGUUAUUUUUUACAUAGUUGUCAUGGAAUAUAGUUUUUAGUUAAGGUGCUGUUUGCAUAAUUAAAGUACUGUUGUUAUUCUUGUAUACUUGAUUUUUCUGUGCAGUGUAUUGUGCAUUCUGAUACUUAUAAUGGUUAUAAUGCCUGAAUAGGAUUUUCCC